ACUCCCUCGCAGGUCGCAGCUUCUCUUCCUCCUUCUAAUCACUAGGGUUCUUCAUGCCUGUUAUCCUUUCUCCAUCCUUUGUAAUUAUCCUAGGGUUUAAGGUAAGUCUUCUUCUCAUCUUCUUUUAUAGGAUUCGUUUUGGUUUUAUGUCAUAAUCCAAACACGAUUUUAGGUUUGGUUUAUCAUCCAAGUGUUUUGCUAAGUGAAGAUUGACCUAUUCGAAAUAGGGUUUUGUUUCGAGAAUUUGGGUAUUUGAUUUGGUCUCCAAUCUCAUUGCUUGGUCGCCAUUGUUAGUGGGUUUUAUUUGUACAAGUCCGUCUGCUGUGGUCUUGAAAGGAUUGAUUUGUUUCCCAAGAGUUGGCCGUCCACUCGGGCUCUUUGUUUUCUUUCUUUACCACUUUUCAGUCAAAUUUAGGUUGCUUUACAGUACCCCCACCAUGGGUUUUCGAGUACUAAUGGCUUGAGUUUUAGCAGUUUCUUACCGAUAUUUGCUAAAGUUUUUAGUUUGUUCUUGCCAGUUUAGUACUGUCUGUUUUUUGUACUUUUAACUAUACACUGCCUUCUUCUUCUCAAAAAAUGGCUCCCUCUGCUGGAACAAGAAGAAGAAACACAACAAGAAAACCAAGAAGAACCCAUUACAAGAAGCGGCUUGUCAAGUCCAAGAGCGUUCAAGAAGCAUCAGUUGUGGAGGAUUUAUCUUCUAAUUCUUCCUCCACCACCACUAUCACUAACACAAGCUUCGAUAAUUGUUCCAAAAUCGAUGGCUUAGAUUUCGAGGAUGUUGAUAUCUCUACAAGUUCAUGCUCUACGCCAAAAGCCCAGAGAUUUCGGUUACCAGAGAUAGUUUCAUGCCCACCAGCUCCUAAGAAGCAAAGAGUGAUAUCAAAUUGCUCAUUGCAAAGGAAACCGAUCGCUUUCUUUGCCCCUCCAGACAUAGAGCUCUUCUUCUUCUUUGCUCUUCGAGAUAUCUCAGUCUAGAAUUUAUUCAUACAUUGAUAUGAAGAUCAUUUCAAUAGUCUGAGAGGUGAUACUUAUAAACCUCUCUUAAGUUCUAUAGUUUGAGUUUUUUUUUUUUUUCCCUUUUUUCAGUUUGAUCAUUAUAGUAUAAUAGCUACUUUGAGCUUUGAGAGUGAAUGAUCGCAGUAAGAAGUUCUUAGCUUUGCUUCUUUUGGUUUGUAUUUAAAUUAGUUGGGUUUUCAAUUUGUAGGGUAUACUAAUCACUAAAUUUAGCUGGGGUUGUCCAGCUAAAUUCAGGCUUAUGCCUACUAUUUAGUAUCUACUUCAGCAAUUUUAGAUGUAUUGUUUGCUCACUUUAAUUUUAGUUUGAAGAGUGAGAUGUAAUGGCUUGAUAUAAUAUUUGUGAGAGUGAUUUUAGUGUGCAAA